GAAGAAGUCUAGCUAUUAAAGCCCUUCACACAACUAUAAAAGUAGGAAUGCUAAGCCAUGUUUUAUGCAGACCUUCAGAACCAAGGUUUGCAAAUUUAAGUCAGCAGAAGAUGAGUUAUCUGGAAAAAGACUAUAAACAUUUGUCCCCUAGGAAUCCUAUUGAAGCUCUCAGACAUUGGCAACCUCCUUAUCACAGUGAUUUAAGCUGCCCAAUCUGCCUCCAAACAGCUACAUUCCCAGUAGAAACCAAUUGUGGACAUUUAUUUUGUGGUUCCUGUCUAAUCACAUACUGGAAACAUGGUUCCUGGUUAGGAGCAAUAAACUGUCCUCUCUGCAGACAAAAAGUGAUUCUUCUAUAUAAUGCCUCUUGUGAAAAUCAACAAGAUAAGCCAAGCAAACAGAUUGUACGUGACAUCAGAGAUUACAACAAGCGUUUCUCUGGCCAACCUCGACCUUUUGCAGAUUACCUUUAUGACAUGCCGCUACUCCUAAAUCUUGCCCUAAGAGGAAUCUUCACCCUGGGCGGUCUCGUAUGGAUCUUCUUCCUAAGAAUUGUUGUUUGCUCCUUUGGGACCAUCAUGUGCUUAACUUCCCGAUUUGACGUGAUGCGUGAACCUCUUUGUGGAAUCCUUGCAGCAGUCGAUGACCUAGUUGUCGUUUUCCUCCUUUUAAUUUGCAUGUUUAACAUUUGCCAGCAAAUGGAAUCAGAAGAUAUAAAUAUGGCAAGUUCUACAACUCAGACCAUGCUGUCAGAAUCCUGAUAGACUCAAACUUCUACUUCUUCAUGAGCCUUCAUCAGACUAUGUCAGGCUUUGCCAUGACUCUGGGGGCAGCAUGCGAUGGACUGAUUUUUUGAAGAACAUUCUAACGUUGACCUAUAGUGGAGUAAGACUCAGUACACUUGCCAUGGCCAAGUGAUUAAUUUGUGCAAAUGCUCACAAGCCUAGGUUAUUAAUACAGCUAUGUAUUUACUGGAUUCCUGCAUGGUGAAGCAGCCGUUUAUGUGACUUCCCUUAACAUACAAGACCUGAAAUGACAGUGUCUGGGAGCUACGUGUAACACACACACCUCUUGGUUGUGUUGCUCUGUUCCAUAUAAUGGCACCAAGACCACUUAG